AUCCUUAGAUCAGGGGUCUGGGAGACCAAGAAACCUGUGACAGAGAGCUCCAGUCAGCACAAGAAAUGUGUCCCACAGACAGACAGCCUCAGUCCUGAGAGGUCUCACCAACACUUCCAAAGCUUCCUGUAUCAUGAAGCAGCUGGACCCCUUGAGGCUGUUGACCAUCUGCAGGAAUUAUGCCAUCAGUGGCUGAGUCCUGAGAGUCAUUCAAAAGAGCAGAUCUUGGACCUGCUGGUGCUAGAGCAGUUCUUGACCAUUCUGCCCAGGGACACCCAGACCCAGAUAAAGAAGCACCAUCUACAGAGUGUCGAGGAGGCUGUGGUCCUGUUAGAACACUUGCAGAGGGAAUCUGGUCAAAUGAAUGGGGUUGCAGUCCACAAGCUGGGAGAGGAAGCAGUGUUCUUGGGAGAAACAGCAGAGGCCCCAGGCUUCAAGCUGAAGCCAGCAGAGUCGCAGCCACUGGGCAUGUCCCAGGAUGAAGAAUUUUGGAAUACACACCAGGGUCUACAGGAACCACUGAGCAGAAAUACUCACAAAGAAACUGAGCCCAUAUGUGAGAGGGCUGUGCCCGCUCACCAGAUCCUAGCCUCUCCUGAGCAGACAGACACCAAGGACUGGACUGUGGCACCUGAGUUCUUCUUGUCUGAGUCCCAGAGCUUGUUGACAUUUGAAGAAGUGGCCAUAUAUUUUUCCCAGGAAGAAUGGGAAUUACUGGAUCCCACUCAGAAGGCCCUCUACGGUGAUGUAAUGCAAGAAACCUAUGAGACUGUCAUCUCUCUAGCAUUAUUUGUGGUCCCCAAACCUAAAGUGAUCUCCUGUCUAGAGCACGGGGAAGAGCCAUGGAUUCAAAGACCCCCAGAGUUCAAGGACAGUCCUGGAGAACUCCUUACAGAGAGAAAGCUGAAAAAUGACACUGAAAAACAUCAGCCUAUAUGUCUUUCUGAAUUAGAAAUACAAGCACCAGGAGACGUAGUAUCAAAAAAAGCGAGAGUGAAUGUUCCGCAAAAAACAACAGGCAAAGAGAAUCAUGGUGAUGUGAACAGGGUCGGGAAUUGGCACCAAGAUUUUCCAAUGAAGGAAAGAAAGAAACUUUCAAACUGGUGGGAAGAAGAGCUGCUGAAACUUAUGGAGCUUCACCAGAAAGAACGUGCAGGGGAGAAACCUUUUAAAUGCCAGGAAUGUGGGAAAAGCUUCAGAGUUAGCGCUGACCUUAUUAAGCACCAAAGAAUUCACACUGAAGAGAAACCAUAUAAAUGUCAACAGUGUAGUAAGAGGUUUAGAUGGAAGUCAGAUCUUAAUAAGCACUUAACAACACACCAAGGAAUAAAACCGUAUAAAUGCUCAUGGUGUGGGAAAAGCUUCAGUCAAAAUUCACAUCUACACACACACCAAAGAACACACACUGGAGAGAAGCCCUUUACAUGUCAUGAAUGUGGGAAAAAAUUCAGCCAGAAUUCCCACCUUAUUAAACACCGGAGAACUCAUCUGUAGCACAUGCAGGAGAAAAUUAAAUGUGUGCUCAAGACGUCUUUGACAACAGAAACUUUGAAACCAGUGCAGAAAAACUUGUCCAGUGUCCUUAGUGUGAAGAAAUAGACCAUGCAGAACUUUACCCUUUAUGAAAAAAUAGAAAGUUAAAAAGCGUGAAGAAUUUUUCACCAGGGGAAAAUUGGGGGAUAUGAACAUCAUGUUUCACAGAAAGGAGUCAGGGUUGACUGUGGAGGGGAAACAGUAGUAGUUGUACUAAGUACUGUUUUUACCAAAAACUGAGGGAAUUCCAUAGCCAAAAAGAUGUUCCAAGAACAUUCUGAGUAAGGGGAAAAGCUUUGUGGGGAUUGUACCUGGCAAAAUAGCAGAACAGCUUCAAAUACCAGACGUGUCAUGAAUCAGUCUUCUGUGCUCACAGAGGUAAAUACUGUCGAUUUGCACUGAUCUCCCCAGCCACCCUUAAACAUGUAAUAGAGCCAGUUGUAGUGUGGUCUUCCAAAGCAAAAAGCAGUUAUAUACAUCUUACAUACCAUCAUCUUCCAGGUAGCAGGAUUACCAUUUUCAUGGGGCAGAAAUGAAUUCUAAUAUGGCUUUCAAUGAAGCAAAUUAGAGUUUCUUACUCUCUUUUGUCUUUGGAUUGUGUUCACAAAGUUGAUGAUCAUUUGAGUUCCUUCUUGAGCAUUUUAGCAAUUACCUCUCUUGAAUCCUGUUGGCGUAAUUUUUCCUGUGAUAAAAUCAUAUUUACUUCACUGGUGGAGCAUCUGCCAGGUAAACUAAUAAUGCACUAUGUUUGCUAUGUGUAUAACUGAUAAUGCAGUAUGCGUCUCAUUGGUGGUGUUUGAAAAGGGAAUAUCUUUAAUGGUAUCGUGUGGACAUGGGUUGGAGUUAUUAGGCAUGGAAUAUGCAUUAGAUGUAAAGAAUUUUCUGCAAUAAAAGAAACUAGACUGCUUAUCUUACAAUGCCAA